CACCAUUCGCAAUCUCUCGAAUCUAUAAAUAUCGUUAAUAUCUCGUUGAGUUUAUGAUUUGAUAACAAUGUAUGGUGAGAGUAGCAAUAAUGACGAUGAUGAUACAAUUUAUCCGCUCUACGAACAUCUCUAACAUUGCUUCGAUCAUUAACAGAUAUAUCGAGAUCUUCCGAAGCAGCUUGUCCGAGGUACGCGCGAGUAUCGGGCCGAAAAUGCGCGGCGGUCCUAUGGGCGGCUUCAAUCAAAGGCCCGCGCCGUACACUCGCGGUGAUCGCUUCGGCGGGAUGAAUCGCUUCAGCAACAAUGGCAGAGGAUCCAGAAAUAGAGGUGAUUCCUUACAUCAUCUAUCGAAGUAUGGAGACUAUCGCGCAGGAGAAAACCGUAAUAGAGAAUUAUUAUACAAUACACGUACAAAUUCAUUACACUUUGAUAGCGGCCCAUGGGGAAGUGGAAACAAUUACGGAUCUCGCGGCGGCAAUAUGGGGAUGCGCGGCGGUAUGGACAUGAAGGGCAAUAAUUACAGAGGCAAUAAUGAUUCUUGGGGCGGUAAUUCCGGUGUUCACAGUAUUCAUAUGCGAGGACUGCCAUUCAAGGCGACAGAACAAGACAUAGCUGAUUUCUUCAGACCAAUCGAACCGGUGAACGUCCGCAUUAUUCUUGAGAAUGGCGGUCGUCCAUCGGGAGAAGCUGAUGUGGAAUUCGCGACUCACGAAGAAGCCGUAAAAGCAAUGUGCAAGGAUAAAAGCCAUAUGUCGCAUAGAUACAUUGAAUUGUUCCUGAACUCAACCGGCGGAUCAAGUGGCAUGUCACUAAGUGGCAUUGGCAAUUUCUGCGGAGGUUUAGGUAACAACUUCAGGCCAGGAUAUUCACCAAACAACAGAGGCUUCAACUCGCAAUUGGGCGGUAACAAUUACAAUAGUUUUUGAGACUGGGCGAUGCGUUUUUAACGCUAAACAAACGACGAUUAUGAACAUUUAAAGAAUCAAAGUGAUCAUUGGUGAAAUGACACAUUUAAAUCACACUGAUGCAAUACGCGAUUGAUUGCGUAUACACGAUACGCGAUUAAUUUUUUCCUUUUUCCCUAUAGUCCUCAAUUCACAAUUAUACAUUAGAUAAUGACUGUAAGCCAAAUCGAUAAUGUGUAAGUACUUGCUUAUUCUUUAUAUAUAUAGAUAAUAGAUUAUUAUAUAAAUUUAACAUAAAACAUGUGAUUUAAUUACCAAGUGAAUGUAGAAAUGGAAAUGUGGAAAUAUUUUUUUAUCACAAUAGUUGUUUUCAUUUCCAGUUACAUGUAUAUUCAUUUGAACCGGACGUAAUGUUAAAAUCGUACGUCGUUGAAAUACAUAAAACGUUCAUUAAAGAAUUGCAAAAGAGUUGUUUUUAGUUUAGCAAUAUUAGAUUAAAUGCGUGAAAAAAAUAUUUCUUUUCCAUGCAAUAUCUAUUCUAAUUUAAUGUUAAAUGAUUAGAUAAUUUCUCAUAUGUAUGCUUUACAUUAUAAUAAUUUUGAUGCAAGCUUAGACGUGAUAUUUGUAUGCGUCGAGACGAAGCGACGAGUUGCAAAAAAUGUACGAUUGUAAUAUACAGAACUAAUAGUUUGCAAUCACACUUCGGCAACUUUAUUAUCUUAUAUAUUGUGCAGGAUACAAAGUCAGAACACUCACACACUCAUCUUUUGUCAUAAUGCGAUAAUGUAUUAUAUGAGGUAUUGUAAUUUUUGAGUAAGAAUUAUUAUAGUUUUGUUAUUAAGUGCACAAGGAGAUAUCAGCUAUCAAUGUGUACAUCUCUUAAAGUAUAAGUCUAGCUUCGGUUUGUAUUCUCUUGAGAUAUUUGAAUAUAAAAAAAAUGAAAAACAA